AAACGAAAAUCACGUGAAAAUACAUUCUCCUCGCACGUGAGAAACGACGCAAGUCUCACAUCACCGGCCAUGGACCGACUUGCAGAGCUCGUUGGCCCGACUCUCCUUGUACUUAGUCUGUUAGGUCUGUCGGAGGGCCAGAUAGGUGGACACUACCAAAUUAAAGUCAAGUAUAAUUGCCCGGCAGAAGCUCGUGGAGAUGUCCGGGUGACGAUUGUAACGGAUGUCCCCGAAACCUACCCAUACGCCGUCUGCAAUGGUCGCUUUGGCUUCGAUUUCAUUCGUUUGAACACUCAUACGUGGUACAUUGAUGUCCAUUUCGAAACGUACGAUCCAAGGGAUGUUUGUUCUUUUGAGCAAAAUGAGAGGGAAUCCUAUACCUUGAGGGUGUAUGUCCCUACGUCGAAUGGGUUGGUGAGCACGGGUAUCCCAACUAACGUGGUCACUUGCAACUAUCAACCGCAGGUGGAUGCCGAUACCCCGGAGAAUCUCAUCGUAUCUAGCCUGGCUGAGAGCAAGAAGCCGGUAAAACAGUUGAUGAGCAACAUGGGGCCACUUAGCAAGUCGGGCGUGGACCUGUUUGUUGCAGACAUCACCGGCCAGAGACUGAGAGGCAAUUACCAUAUCGGCCGGCUCGUCAGGCUGAAAGCGAGACUCAUCGGGAACUUUCCGGCUGAAACAAGCUUCCAUGCUGUAUCCUGUAAAGCCAUCAGUGGCAAGGAGACGUACGUGGUGCUGAAUGGAGGAUGUGGAGAUGGAACAAUAUUUGACCGAUACAAUGGUUUCACAACCACGGGGAAGGUCUCCGUCAGCCCGAUCUUCCGAUUCUUUCGCAUGGGAUGGUCCCUGCCCUUGAGCUUUGAAUGUAUAUUUGUCAUCUGUAAGAACUGCGACGGGGAUUCGUGUGAAGACCCAGUCCGCCGGAGGCGUCAUUUGGGCCCAUAUGAGGAAAAAGACACAUACAAGAACAAACAUAUCAUGACUGCAAGGGUAGACAUACCUACAUCCCGGCAAACUCAUCUCACCAAUCUCAUUACACACGAAAGCCCAGUUGCUCCCGAGGACACAACUUCAAGAAUAGUAGCUGAGAAGGACAUUCCCGGUUCAGAAGUGACAGAAGACCUCAUACUGACCGUAGUGAUGGCUUCCAUCAUUCCCUUGGUAUCUCUGGUUGUGAUAAUGCUGAUCUUCAUCGUCGCCAUAUCUCGUGUCCUUCGCUCCAUGACGGUCAUGUACAGGGAUUUGAAUAGACAGCAUCAGCAGAUCAUCGACCAAGACAUAAAGGAAGACAUUAAAUAGGAUGCUAUUUGAUGAACCAUUUGACAAUAAACGGAGGAACGUAUUCUGCCUA